GUAAGCCACUGAUGCUGUGCGCCGGAAUGAUCCAGCUGCUAAUCACGUCGCGGUAUCAAUAACAUUAACAAGAUUGGUAUACUUUCUCACAAGCUAAUGAUACGUAGAAGAUACCUCUAAUCACCUUAGUUUGUAACACCAAAUCGUGCUACAAUCUGAAUAGUUGUGAAGGAAGAUAAGAAAGAGUGAGUCUGAAACUGAGCUAGCUGAGCGAAAAAGAUGAUGAGAUGGCUUCUACUCCAACAGUAUUUUUGCUCAUGAUGAGCGGUCAGAUUGAAGGAGGAGAUUUUCCAGAGUUUGAUGAUCUCUAUGUCAAAUACAACUUUGUGUAUGGUCCAGACUGGGUCAUUACAAGUGGUCUUGAGGAAGGUAUCUCACAAGUUUGCAAGAAGAAUGUUUAUGGAAACCAAUAUUUUGUGUGGAACUUUCCUCUGGAUGUGACAUUCAAGAGCACUAACCCUUAUGGCUGGCCUCAGUUGGUUUUAAGUGUGUACGGUUUGGAUGCUUUUGGCACAGCUGUGGUCAGGGGAUACGGAGCAGUUCACAUACCCAUCACACCAGGAAGACAUUCAAGGGUAGUCCCGAUGUUUGUGCCAGAAGCCUCGUCAAGGUUCCAGAAAUUCUUAGGGUGGUUUAUGGGGCGGAGACCUGAGUAUGUUGAUACUAAUGUCGUAGCCAGAGGAGAGGGAAGAGAAGUAACCCGAGUCCGAUCCCAGGGCAGCAUCAAGUGCCAGUUCAACAUCAUCACCAGGGACAUGAAGAAGCUCGGAUACGAUGCCACGCCCGCUAGCAUGACCACGCCCAAUGCGGGUCUACCAAACAGUUCCGCGCCGGGAGCGGGAGCCGCGGCGGAACCCUCGUCCAACCAGGGUGGAGACCAUUCAUGACAGGGCUCGACCGGGGUCGCAAAGUUGAAGGUCACAGAGGUCACAUAUUGUGAUGACUGAAGAACCUUUUGAUACUUCAGGUCAGCCAUGUCCAAAUUUGGUUGAGUUGGCUCAAAUGUGCACAAUUAUGUGAAUGACAGGGCUCAUCUUAAAUUGGGCCGGAUUGCUUGCCGAAACAAGAUAAAUAUUGUUCUUUGAUAACAAGCAUGAACUUCUGUUGCCAAUGAUGGACCAUGUUACUGCUACAUACAUAUGUGGAUAUCUCAUGAAUGGUCAGGUAGGGUUAGGAGACUGUUUCUCAAAGCCGUUUGUUAAGUGAACAAUGAUUUUACAAGUAACUUAGGGAUGUUUUGAAGAAAAAAAUGAAGUGUAAUUUAUAGUCCCUCAUAAAUUAUCUCAUAAAUUCACAGUCGCUUGCGGUGUAUUUGACUUGCUCUUCUGGAGAUUAAUCUAUAAGAUUAGUGAGUGAUUUUUACUGACAUAUUAGAUGCACAGAUUUCUGUAGCUUACAUUAAUAUUUGGUGAAAAUCAUGGACUAUUUUUACGGUCCUGAAACGAGUUUAAUGUGUAAUAAUGAGAACAGUCCAAGCGGCCUUGGAAGUGAGCUUCCAAAGCAGUUUGGAAAACCGCUUCGCGAUGAAGUUUUCAAGAUCACUUUGCCUCGUUAAACUGGUUUUAGCGUCAGUGAGGUCACAGCCAUUCUUCAGGAAGUGAUCUUCGCACAUUUUGAGCGCGCUACCCCACACACUGUGUGUAGAAUGUCUACGUUGCCGUUUCAAAUUUUGCACAACACACGUAACCCUACUGAGAGUUCCGUAGCAACAAGACCACUUUAUGUGAACUGGUCUUGAAAACCACUUUUGGGUGAUCAAAUGGGAACGCUAGCAAAGCGAUGUUCCCAAACCGGUGUCCUGAACCGGUUUCCAGUAAACUAGUUUAAGAAAGUAUAGUGAGAACGGGGUCUUUAUUGCAUGAAAUGCUCCCCAUUUGUUUACCACAGAUGGCCAGCAACGACAUUAACAUCUAAAAUGCAAAUUUGUUCAAAAUAUUUUGUAGAUAUGAUGUAUACAAAUACAUUCAUUGUUGUCUUGACAAUUUGAUGUGCUCCUCUUUGUUUACAAAAGAACUUUGUGCAAAAUUUUGGUAGGAAUAUUAUGACAAUGGUGGAUUUCCAUAUAGUAUACGGAUACCCUUUCCAAUGAAAUUUAACUUUUGUUUCAAGUUCAGUAGGUAAUACCAGCUGUAUGAUCUGAUGAUUCAAAUGUCGACCUAUUUAAUUCUCCUAUUUCUCAAUGAUCUGACUGAAUGCUUGGCUAGCGUACAUCCAGGCGCCAAGAAAUAAAUAACUUCUUGUUGUCUAGAAAUCCGAUCCACCUCAAGGAAAUGAAACCUAUUUAGUAAUGCCUCAUAAUUGAUACCAAUUCUAUCAUUUUUCCGAUAAUGAGCUUUUGUUUGGUACGGGGCUCUAAGAAAUGAUAGGCAAACCCUGGACCUAUAUCAACCUAGAGAGAGUUUCGUCUUACCUAGAGAGAGUUUCGUCAAGAUUAUUUUGUCCAACUAGUUGAGAAGUUUCCUUGAGUUUGGCUGAAAAGCACAGUUGCUAUGGUAACUGUUACAUGCUCCCCUGAAAGUCACAAUUUUGUGUCAUGGAUAUAUGUAAUGCAAUAUUCAAAGUGACAUUCAUAUUUUUCAUUUUAUCAGCAACACUUCUUGUAUGAUGAGUAAGAAAGAGUUUCUGCUUUGGCAAUUUUCCAAACACAUGUUAACACCAUGCAUUUCAAUACCAGGUCCAAGUGUAUUCCUGGGUUCUGUCUUACAAAGAGUUGCGAUUGAUCCAAUCAACCACAACUGUGGAUGGCCAGCAACGACAUUAACAUCUAAAAUGCAAAUUUGUUCAAAAUAUUUUCUAGAUAUGAUGUAUACUAAUACAUUCAUUGUUGUCUUGACAAUUUGAUGUGCUCCUCUUUGUUUACAAAAGAACUUUGUGCAAAAUUUUGGUAGGAAUAUUAUGACAAUGGUGGAUUUCCAUAUAGUAUACGAAUAAUGCAUGUAAGCCCGUGCAUGCAGGGCCAAAUAAUGAACAAUGUGCGAGAAGAGCCAAUGGAUAUACCGCACCGAGGUCCGAAGGACCGAGUGCGGUAUGUGCAUUUUGCGAGUCGAGCAGAGAGUUCAUUAUUUAGGUCCUCUAUCUAUGCACAAGAAUGUGUGUAUUGUUUGUUUUAUACAACCUUCCUUCACCCAUGUUACUGAAUUGCCCCAAAUACUAUAUUUUGUCUAAAUUCUAGAUAAUUCUAGAUAAUUCCAGAACUCGCACCAUCCUGCACUCUGACGUCAGAGUGCAGGAUAGUGCAUUUUGGAUGCGAUAGUGCAAUUCGCUGAAUAUCAUGUGAUCCGAUUUGGACCAAUCAGUUUACAGAACAUUCUUGGGAGUUGUAUAAUUGAGAUUGAUCGAAUCAAUCUUUGUAAUACAGGGGCCCUGGAUUGCAAAUCCAUGUUAUUGUUCACCGGACCAAAGUUUGCUGGCUCAGUUGCACUCAAAAUUGACCAAUGGCAUAUGCCAUUCAAUAUAAAGUAAUUAAGCUUUAUUCGGUCCCAAGUCAGUUUCGUUGGUGUGACAGUGUGGGCGUGGCUUCUUCGGAAGCUGAUCUGCAUUGUGUACAGUGAGUGGUGGUGAGACUAUUCAAAGUGGUGUUUGAUUGCAAAAACAUCUUUAUUUUGUACAUUUCCAACAAGUUUUCUGUUACCACUCCUGACACUCUAAUGGUGGGUGGGGUGCUUUUGGUCACAGGAACACUCCCUUACAUGCAUUUGCAGUAUGAUGUUGUAUAGUUCCCCCACCCCCCCCCCCCAAAAAAAAAAAAAAAGUAAUAGUUAAUAAAAUAAUAAAAUAAAUUUUAAAUAUCUGUAAGUAAAUAAAUAAAUACAUGUAGAUAAAUAAAUGAAUAUUUGAAUAAUG